AUGCCAGACCAAGAGUUAGCAUGGACUCAAGAAAUAGUUCCCUUGAGGGAUUGGUUGAACAAGCAGCCUCACUUACCACAUGAUGUCGAGGAUUUCUUACUACAUCGCUUCUACCUCAGUUGCCAUAAAAGCCUGGAGCGUGCCAAGAGAACCAUGGACCUGUUCUUCACGAUGCGUUCGUCAACACCAGAUCUCUUCUGCAAACGCGAUCCGUGCUCACCUGAGAUUAGGAAGGUUUUCGAAGUCACUGAUAUGCUGCCUCUUCCGAAAAGGACAAAGGAUAACUAUAACGUCUUCAUCUACCGUUUAAGGGUACCAGAUUUGGACAUGUUCAACUUUCUGGAUGCCGUGAAAACAUUUUUCAUGUUAAUAGACACGCGUCUGACUGAAGAAGACGAUAUACCUUCCGGGGAAAUACCGAUUUUUGAUGCCGCCAAUGUGUCUCUAAAGUUCGUUGGAAAAGUUAAUCUAUCUGUGCUAAGAAAGUAUAUGAUGUACACACAGGUAUGUUUUCGUAUAUUUACUUGA